UGUUGUUGUCCUCCAUGACUUUAUCCCUUCUGCAGCUUUACAAACGUAUAAAUAUAUGUUUUUAUGCACUAAUGCUGUAAUAUCGCGGCUUAAGUAAGGGUGGAUGGCUUGAGGAGAUGUCCUCGCGCGCACCAUAAGCUCAGUAUGAAGUGUGUGAAAGCGGUUAUCCUGAGUGUGACGACUUCUUAUUCAUCUUCUAUGUAGCUUAAUGAUGGCUGGAAAAACUGCCAGAAGUGAUGAAGUGAUUGAACAGUGUGACUUUGAUCGAGCCGAGGAGAAAAGCAUCUUGGUUCAAGAUGAUUUUCCAGAUAAGAAGGUGACUAACACAGCUCCAGGCAGGACCCUGCAAAAACUUAGCCCCAUACCUGAGCUUGAUCCUGGAGAAACCAAAGCAGAUGCAGCCUCUACUGGAUCCUCUUAUACCCUCUCCUCUGUGGAUAGGUGUAGCACUGUCUCCUCUUCCACAAACUCCUUACCUGACACUCAGGAUGCUGAAGAUGCCUGUGCGGGGAUCAUACUCAACUGCCUCUUCUGUCAGUUCUAUGAUCUGUGCCUCAUGCUGCCUGACACAUGCAAACGUGCCGCUACUCAAAUCUGCCCAGCCUGCAGCUAUUUGUUUGCUCCAUUAGAACCAGUCCAAAGCAGCGAUUGGAACUGUCACUGCAACAUCGACUGUGACCUAUUUGAUGCCUGCCAAGAAACCAGCGAUUGCCUGGAGUUAGCCAUGGAGAUUUCAGAGAUUUGCUACCGUUAACAUGCUAGCAAAGCCACCAAACUGGGCAGUAGACCUGAAGAACACAGGGCUACUCUGAAGCCAAUGGGUAAUGCAGCAUUGUCAGUAUUACUGCUUAUUUCACAUAAUGCGAGUGUCAGUUGAAAUAUUACAUAAACAUCAUCUAUGAAUGCAGUAUGUCUAUGGAGUUGCCUAAUGGUAAGUUUUGGCAUGCAUCGAAGAAGGGACGAGAGAUGCUGACACAAGCUCUUGUGCAUGCUCAUGGCAGUUUGAUCAAAAUUGUGAAUGUCAUGAGGAGGUGUAAUGGUCAUCAUGUUACCCUUGAGCAUGCAUCCUGUUUCAGUUGGAGUACGGUUGUUUGUUCACACAAACAGCAUGAGAUGUUGUUUCUGUAGGACACUUGUUUUUCUAGAGCCCAUCAACCUUUGCUCUCUUUUUUUGGUAGACCACUCACUCGAGUGCACAGAGAAAACUUAGUAGAUUGUUUCUGUCAGAGGUGAGCUCUUGUCAUGUAAUGGGAAAACAGUGGGAACAGAAUGUACGCAUAUGUGCGUGUUAUUUAUUCAUCCUUCUCUUCUGCUGCCUAAAAGAGAUAUUAGCAGAGACAUACACUAUAUGGCCAAAAGUAUGUGGACACCUGACCGUCAUACCCAUAUGUACUUACUGAACAUCCCAUUCCUCUAGUCUUUUGGGAAAUCUUUCCACAAGGUUUUGAAACACAGCAGUAGAAAUUUCCUAUUCAGCCUCAAGAGCAUUAGUGAGAUCAGGAAAAAAGGCCUGGUGGUGUUCCUAUUCAUUCUGAAGGUGUUCAGUGGGGAUGAGGGGGCUUUUGUGUAUACAACUCAAGUUCUUCCACACCAAACUUGGCAAACCAUGUCUUCAUGGAACUUGCUUUAUGCACAGGGGCAUUGUUCUACUGGAACAUUUUUGGACCGGUUAGGCCUAGAGAAGGGAAAUCUUAAUGCUACAGCAUACAAAGACAUCCUAGACAAUUGUGUGCUUCCAACUUUGUAGCAACAGUUUGGGGAAGAACCGAAUAUAGUGAGGUGGCCAGGUGUCCACAUACUUUUGGACAUGUAGUGU